AUGGAGCGCGAUGGCUUGCCAGAAGAUCCCGCGCAACAAUGGGAAGUUCUUCUGUGUAUCAUCGCCUUCGAAGAAAAGAAGAUAGACCGCAGACCCGAUGGCGCUAUCGAGGCCCUGACUUACUUCUACAACCAUAAGGGAAUAAGGCACAUCUUCACAGAAUGGAUCAACCAGAUGAAGCUGAGUUACGACAAGCAAAUGUCUGAAGAUGAUACAGCAAGGAAGAAUGAUGAGAUGGCACUGCUUUGGAGGCAGCGAGGAAACAUCAAGUUCAGAGCGGAGAUGUUUGAAGAGAGCCACAAGCUAUACACUAAGAGUGUGCUCUUUGCUAGAAAAGAUGGGCCUUUAUACUCUGUGGCAUUGGCUAAUAGAUCCGCUGCCUCCUUGCGCCUCAGACGUUACAAAGAGAGUUUGAGAGAUGUCCAGCGCGCUUUGAACCACCAGUACCCGCCGGAUCUCCAACACAAGCUGUACUUGCGGCGCGCCGAGUGCUUUCUAGAAAUGGGCCAAAGACAAAACUGUAUUGAGGCCAUGAAACAAGCGGUCAGGCACAACGAGAGGAUCAAACUCAGAGGCAUAUCUAAAGCCGAGUUUGACAAGUCGUACCGGUUGCUGGAAGAAAAGAUAGUGAAACUGAAGUACGACGCACCUGCCGACGAACUACAUUUGCCCGAGUUAUACCUCGGCGAGAAUCCAGAUUUCAGGAACGCAUGCGGAGCUGUCGAACUAGUACGGAACGAAGAGUUUGGGCGUCACGUGCUGGUGAAAGAGCCGGUGAAGAGAGGUGAUGUAAUAUUCGCUGAGGAGCCUUUCGCCUCCGUCAAACUGCCGGACAAGGACCUGCCUCAUCCUUACUACUGCGACUACUGUUGCAGCAGCGAUUCGGCUAUGAUUGGGUGCAGCGACUGCUCUCGUGUGGUAUACUGCGACGAAGCUUGCCACUAUCUCGGCAAAAACUUUUACCACCGUUGGGAAUGUAUCGGAGUAAGAGCUAACAUAUUCCCUAUUAUAGGGAUCGCUCAUUUGGCCUUUAGGGUUAUGUUAAAAUACGCCCAUAAGGGCUUCCCUCGGCUGCCGGAGAGCGCCGGCACGCCGACUACUGCUGCCGCAUUAAUCGCAGCGUACAGUAAGGUGGACAACAUCCACAUCUACAAGACGGAGACAGAGUCUUUCUAUCGUAUGUUCAACCUUUCGUCCAACCUGGGCACUUCGGCAAACACUGACAACAUUCAGUACGCCCUAUCGUCCACCAUGCUGACACUGUAUCUGGAACAAAAUACGAAAUUUUUCGAUUAUUUCCCGGCUAGGGUUGGGUAUCCCCUACCCAUGAACGAAAUGAAACUCUUGUGCGCAGCCUUGAUAUUCCGUAGUUUGGGACAACUGAUUAGCAACGCACACACGGUAAUGGAAUUAAAUACCGGUCAAAAUCCAAACAUGCCAAUACCGUGCACAUCCAGCCCCUGGCGUCGGGUUGGAACGGGGAUAUAUCCGAGCGCUUCAAUGAUGAAUCACUCUUGUGAGCCCAAUAUCACAAAUGUGUUCUACAAAAACCACCUCUUCGUUAAAGUGAUUCGUGAGUUGCCCAUUGGGGGUGAAGUGCUCAAUUGCUACGGUCCCCACUAUGCAAGAGCCUCGACCGACGAUAGACGCGAAGCCCUCCGCAUCCAGUACGGCUUCAACUGCAUGUGCCCUGCCUGCGUCGACGAAUCCAGAAAAGACUUUGUCUCGCUGUUUUCGGCGUACGCAUGCUCGUCAUGCAAAGGUCCUGUUACAUGGGAAGGGACGAGAAUGUGUUGCCACCAGUGUCCCAAUGAGUUCCCGCUGCAAAGAGCCCAGAAUGCUGCUGAGACUGCUGAUGCAAUGCACGCAAUAGCCAUGCGCGCUCGAACUAAAGAGGAGCGUUGCGACCGAAUGGUUCGGUCUUACCGAUUGAUGCAGCAAGUUUUGUAUCGCCAUCAUAACAUACUGAGAAAGGCAUCUGAUGACCUGGCAAUGCUAUACGCUGCUAUAGGAGAGUACACGAAAAGCAUAGAUCUGAUAAAGCAAAACAUCCAGAGUUUCGAGUACCAGUUCGGGUCAUUCAGCGUUGAGGUAACCAACGAGAUCAGGAAGAUGGCAAAUCUUAUGUUGGGACGCAUCAUGAAAUACUUAGACAAUCCUGAAUUAGAUGAACGGCAGCCAAUGCCCAUAAAGGAUUGGAUCCGCGAGACCUUGAAGAUCGCCAAGAAGGCUACGCAAUUAAUGGAGCUCAACUUCGGCACGUGGCAGCCGAUGUACAGAGCUCUGAAGGACAACGAAGACGUGCUGGAGAACAUGCUGGCCGGUCCGCGGUUCCACGAUCAUCCCGAAUGCUUCAACCAUCGGCUGCAGAACCUUAACCUCAUUUAG